AAAAUGGAAAGUAACAACACAUUCACAUAACAAACACAAAUCAUCUGCAUUUGACAAAAAUAAGUUUUCACAGCUGUAUUAUUAAUUAUUCUUUCUGUCUAAAGCACAGAGUGGAAUACAGUAUAUGUGACUAAAUAAAGAUGUUAUUGAAUCAUAUUCCUAAUUUAUGACUUUCUUUCCUUCCUCUCAGGACCCGAGGGCAAAGCAUAAGUUUAAGAUCCAUACCUACUCCAGCCCGACCUUCUGUGAUCACUGUGGCUCUCUGCUGUACGGCCUGCUGCACCAGGGCAUGAGAUGUGACCACUGUAUGAUGAACAUCCAUAAGCGCUGUGUGGCCAAUGUGCCGAGCCUGUGUGGGACAGACCACACCGAGAGGAGAGGUCGCCUCCAGAUCACCGCGGAGGUCAAGACCAACGUACUCACUGUCACCAUCAAAGAGGGCAGGAAUCUGGUUCCUAUGGACCCCAACGGGCUGUCAGACCCCUACGUGAAGCUUAAACUGAUCCCAGACCCCCGCAGCGAGAGUAAACAGAAGACCAAGACCAUAAAGUGCUGCCUGAACCCCACCUGGAAUGAGACCUUUAAAUUCCACCUGAAGGAGUACGAUAAGGACCGGCGUCUGUCGGUGGAGAUCUGGGACUGGGACAUGACCAGCCGCAACGACUUCAUGGGAUCGCUGUCAUUCGGCAUCUCGGAGCUCCAGAAACAAGGAGUGGAUGGAUGGUUUAAGCUGCUCUCCCAGGAAGAAGGCGAGUACUUCAAUGUUCCCGUCGCUCCAGAAGGGGAGGAGGGCAACGAGGAGCUACGGCAGAAAUUUGAGAGAGCUAAGAUUGGACCAGGCAAGAACGCAGAAGGCAAGGCGGCUAACGCUGCUGCUCGUUUCGACGGCAACCAAGACCGCAUGAAGCUGGCCGACUUCAACUUCCUGAUCGUGCUGGGCAAGGGCAGCUUCGGCAAGGUGAUGCUGGCGGAGCGCAAAACGACGGAGGAGCUGUACGCCAUAAAGAUCCUGAAGAAGGACGUGGUGAUCCAGGACGAUGACGUUGAAUGCACCAUGGUGGAGAAGAGAGUGUUAGCGCUGGCUGGAAAACCUCCGUUCCUCACACAGCUGCACUCCACCUUCCAGAGCAUGGACCGUCUGUAUUUUGUCAUGGAAUACAUAAACGGAGGAGAUCUCAUGUAUCAGAUCCAGCAGGUCGGCAAGUUCAAAGAGCCCCACGCUGUAUUCUACGCUGCCGAGAUAGCCAUUGGUCUGUUUUUCCUGCAUCUAAAGGGCAUCAUCUACAGAGACUUGAAGCUGGACAAUGUGAUGCUGGACUGCGAGGGUCACAUUAAGAUAGCAGAUUUUGGCAUGUGUAAAGAAAAUAUGAAUGACGGCGUCACUACCAAGACCUUCUGUGGAACACCGGACUACAUAGCUCCUGAGAUCAUAGCCUAUCAACCUUAUGGAAAGUCUGUGGACUGGUGGGCCUUUGGAGUUUUGCUCUAUGAGAUGCUAGCUGGACAGCCUCCAUUUGACGGUGAAGAUGAGGAUGAGUUAUUUCAGUCCAUUAUGGAGCAUCACGUCUCCUAUCCCAAGUCAAUGUCCAAAGAGGCUGUCGCUAUCUGUAAAGGGCUGAUGACGAAGCACCCAGCGAAGCGGCUGGGCUGUGCACCCGAGGGCGAGAGGGACAUCCGGGAGCACAGCUUCUUCCGCUACAUGGACUGGGAGAAACUGGAGAACAAGGAAGUUCAGCCGCCGUUCAAACCUAAAGCCUGUGGCCGGGAUGCCGAGAACUUUGAUCGUUUUUUCACGCGCCACCCGCCGGUGCUGACCCCUCCCGAUGAGGAAGUGAUUGAGAACCUGGACCAGGACGAGUUCCAGGGAUUCUCCUUUAUCAACCCCGAGUUCCCCGGAGCUGACGUUGCUUCACCUGCCGCCGAGCAGGCUUGACUUCAGCUCAUGCACACAUGGACACAUGCACACACACAAAUAGAUCCACAAUCAUUUCCCCCAGUAUCCAACCUGUAUACCCUGGAACACAAACACACACACACACAAAUAUUUAUCAACUUAAAAAUCCUGGGAAUGAUGUGUGCUGUGACAGGAAGCAAGAAGCCAUGACUUAAACAUACAUAAAAUACACAAAAAGAUGUAGACUUCAUACCGCUGCAACCGGGACGAUGUGUUGGCCUCUUCUGGAAAUGGCCUAGGUGCAUUAUCACUCUAGUGCAGUGUCACAACUAUCAUUAAAACUGAGAAAUGUAGAUGCUUCGAAGUGGUCAAAAUGUAAUCUUUUGGCUAAAUAUGAGCCGUUGACUUUCUCAAAGCUUAGUUUUUGAGAAACAUUGAUGUUUUACUCAGCUAAAGCUUGGUGAUCAACUUGUGGCUCACAGUGUGGACAAAGGACAAUCAUUUACCAGGAUCAGACUAAGGAUUAGAAAAUGAAUGGUGCCCCUACAAAUUUCCUAAAAUUCGACAUUUUACGUUAAAAUUAGUCUUAAAAUGUGUUUCUGCAUUGUUAAAACUGCAGAUAAUUGAAACCUUAUACAGAUCAUUCAUGAUACUCACAGCAUACACCAUUCACAUGUAACAUAGCUUCAGCAUUUCAUUUUUAUUACUUUUUUUUUGUGGAAAUUGUGAUUUAACUUUUCUUUUACUCAUUCCAGUUCAAUCAGAGUUGGGCCUGUACUUCUGAUGUGCUUAUUAUUCAAUGUGUAAUAAUAACAGCGUAUGUACAUUUAUCUUUAUCUUAGCUAAAACUGGAAUGCUUCACAUACUUGUGCAUGAGUUUCUAUAUCAAUAACAGCCCCGGUCUUUGUCUCCCAGCAGCAUUUUAACAUCUUAUGUCUGCACCACUCUGCUGCCAUGUGUGGCUGUUUUUCAUGGUUUUCAAAAUGCAUAUUCAAGAAAGAUAUUUGGUGUAUGGUUUUACCCAAAGUGGAAGAUUUGUGCCAAAAAAGACCACAUAUAUCGGAUGUUCUAUGUGUCCUCUUUGUUGUUGCAGCACUGGGAUCAUGUUGGGAAAAUGCUGUUGGGAAAUGUAGUCCUAUAGGCUUUGAGUCCGUCGAAUAGAUAAUACUACUUUGUAUACUCUCCUUUUCUGUUAACUAGUAUAUAAGCAACGAAAGAGACUAGCAGAUAGAUUCUUUGUGUUUGUUCAAAAGCAUGAUUCAGAUACCCGGGCGUUUGUUUACAGCAGUGUGUGCACAUGAAUGUUUCAUAUGUGUGUGAAUGAGAACUGUGUAUGGAAACGCACGGUAAAGCAUUUUUGUACGUGUGUCAAUGCAUGCCUUGCCUGGCCUUGCGUUAACAUUUGUAUUUAUGGUGAAUAUCCACUUGACUUCCAACCAGUGGCUCCACAAGUGGCCGAAGAGAAAAAGCACUUUUUGAACAUUAAAGCAUGUAAACAUGUCUCAGUAGAGGCACACAAUACAA